AUUAGUCGAAUCAAGUUUGGACCUUCAUUGCAAACCGCUGAAAACCUUCAUUUGGUGUUUUCAACGUUCUUGAAUUAAUUAACUAGAAUAAGUUGUACUUAAAAUGGAAACGAAUAAUGUAAAUAACGUGAGUGACAAUGAUAACGAUGCUAUGGAAACACAAGGAAGUCGUUUAUUAUUGAGAUGUGCUAGUCAGAAUUCCUUGGAUGAAAGUUCUCAAAAACAUGUAUCAAGAAUUGGAACCAAAACAAAACCCCCAUACAGAAAUAAUUACCAUACUCAGAAAGCUUUCGAAGUGAUGAAUGCUAUGAGAAUCCAAAAUCUGCUUUGUGAUGUAAUCCUUGUAGCAGAUUCUGUUGAAAUACCUGCCCACAAAAUGGUUUUGGCCUCUUGCUCCCCAUAUUUCUAUGCAAUGUUCAACAGUUUCGAAGAAAGCAAACAAGAUCGAAUAACACUCAAAGAAGUAGACCAUCAGGCACUUGUUUUGCUAAUAGAAUAUGCAUACACUUCGGAAGUUCAAGUUACUGAGGAAAAUGUUCAAGCCUUAUUACCAGCUGCCAAUUUGUUACAGCUUAUGGAUGUUAGGGAUGCAUGUUGUGAUUUCUUACAAGCACAGCUGCACCCAACAAAUUGCUUGGGGAUAAGAGCCUUCGCAGAUAUUCAUGGUUGUUUGGACUUACUCUCGAAUUCUGAGUCGUAUAUUGAACAACAUUUUCCAGAAGUUGUGGAAUGUGAGGAGUUUCUGAGUUUAACUCAUCAGCAAGUUUCAAAGUUGAUUAGUAGUGAUAGAUUGACUGUUCCUUCUGAAGAAAAGGUUUUUGAAUGUGUCAUUGCAUGGGUACAACAUGAUUUGGACAAUCGACGUAAACAUUUAGCUUCACUGAUGGAGCAUGUUAGACUUCCUCUGCUGUCACAAGACUAUUUAGUACAAAGAGUUGAAGAAGAACCCUUGUUGAAAGUUGACCUUCAAUGUAAAGAUUACCUUAUAGAAGCCCUGAAAUAUCAUCUCCUCAAAGGUGACGGUAAAACUAAUUUUAGAACACCAAGAACUAAACCCAGACAACCCGUUGGAUUGCCGAAAGUAUUAUUGGUGGUUGGAGGUCAAGCUCCUAAAGCUAUCCGUAGUGUAGAAUGCUACGAUUUUAAGGAAGAACGCUGGUAUCAAGUUGCCGAAAUGCCAACUAGGAGAUGUCGUGCAGGUUUAGCAGUCUUAAAUGGCAAAGUAUAUGCAGUUGGUGGAUUCAAUGGUUCGCUCAGAGUGAGAACAGUAGAUGUUUAUGAUCCGGUUUUGGAUCAGUGGACCAGCUGUGCUAACAUGGAGGCGAGAAGGUCAACCUUAGGUGUUGCAGUACUCGACGGUUUGAUAUAUGCUGUUGGAGGUUUUGACGGUUCAGCUGGACUGAACACCGCUGAGGUAUUCGAUACAAAAAAACAAUCCUGGAAAAUGAUAUCGCCCAUGUCGACUAGACGGAGUAGCGUAGGUGUUGGGGUUCUCAACAACCUGCUAUAUGCAGUUGGAGGUUAUGACGGAGCUUCUCGGCAAUGUUUGAGCUCUGUGGAGUGCUAUAAUCCGGAAAACGAUACUUGGUUGUGCGUUCCAGAUAUGAUUUCCAGGAGAAGUGGAGCUGGAGUUGGUGUCUUGGACGGAAUACUUUACGCGGUAGGUGGCCAUGAUGGACCUCUUGUCAGAAAAUCGGUGGAAGCCUAUGAUCCGGACAAGGAAAUUUGGACGCCUGUUGCAGACAUGGCUGUAUGUAGAAGGAAUGCAGGAGUUGUAGCGAUGAAUGGACUACUUUACGUUGUAGGAGGUGACGACGGUUGUUUUAAUUUGUCUUCAGUUGAAGUGUACAAUCCAGAAAAAGGGAUUUGGACCAUGCUGCCAAGCUGCAUGGGCAUUGGCCGAAGCUAUGCAGGUGUUGCCAUCAUCGAUAAGUCCAUAUGAAGGUCACUUGUUGCUGAUGACAGGAGCGUUAGUGCUUGUUCCACGAUGGCAAGGUAUGCGAACUAUGAUGAAAACAGCAACGCCGAAGGUGCUGUAGGUUACGAUAACCCCCAGAUGCCCAUA